AUGGACUCCCCAGGGAAGUCCCCCCCCCUGGAAGGGGAGCCCCCCUCAGAGGAAGAAAAUAAAAUUCUGCCGAUGGAUCAAAAUGAACACAAAAUUGUAAGUCAAAAGGGGAAGAAGAAGAAAAAAAAAAAAAAAAAAAACGAUGAAGAAGAACGUGCCAUCCAACCGUAUGAAGAAGAAAAAAUCGCUCUGUUCCAAAACAACGAAAUUGUGGAAUAUGACGCGAGGGACUUCAGGACGGGGAAGGACCAUCACAUUGUGCUGUUGGAAGAGGAUUACAUAAAUGUGCUGGAGUUUUUAAUCGAAAAGAAGUUCUUUCCAGAUUUGCACAAGUAUAAGGAUGAUGGGGCUAUUUCGGAGAGGGUUCCACAGGAUGCCCAUGAUUUUACCCCAAGUGGGGGAAGCGCCAUGUUCAGCUAUGGGGGGCACUCACCUGAGGGAGGAGAUCCAUCGGGGAGAGGAAGCGGAAGGAAAGUGGGCAGCGUUACAUCUCUGAGUGGCGACCCGUAUGGGAGCUAUUUCUCCUCUCAGGAUGAACAUAACCAUCUUGAGAUGCUAUACCCAAUGGACCGCCUAAGCGAGCGGAAUGUAGAGCCCUCCGAGGGGGGGUGGCACCAACAGGCACUCUGUCUCCAAGAAAAAAACUACAAAUUAGUAACCCUGGCGAAUGGAAAAAAACACAAAAUUGAUCUGAACAUGAAUUUGAGAGACUUCCAGAAGAGGUACACCUCGGAGGAUAACAAAUCGUUUGAAUACAUCCUAAGGAGCAUGAAAAAUAAAAAUGUAGAAAGGGACUUAUUCUCUCUGAUGAUGAGGAAGGAGCACAACAGAAAAAUGGACUACAUAGAAGAGUGCACAAGGAAAGGAAUAAAUUGCCAUCAAGUGAAUACCAGCAAAUCGGAAAAUGAAUUAAGCAGAAUGAUGUUUUCCUCCAGUUUGAAAAUCAGCUCGAUGGAUCCUGCCGCUGAGGGUAAGCUACAGAUAUGCCACGAAAACACUAGGUUUUCGCGGGAAUAUAAUGAGGAUAUCAAAAGGCAAGUAAAAGAGUGUGCCCAAAAUAGGCAGCUAAAAAUGAUGCAGAAAGUGAAAGAAGAAAAAGAGGAGCAGAUGGUCCAACAGGGGAAGUUCAACCUACUGCCAAGGAAUAACACCUAUGAGUAUAUUAGAACUCCGCUUAUCCUCGCUGGGAAGGGUGUCGAUAAGAGCCCCAUCAUAACGUGGGGGGUCAUCGCCAGCAGCCCCAAGUUGGUGGAAAGUGAGGACGACUACAGUGCCCAUAGCAGCAGUGGUGACGACUCAGACGAUCUGUGGAAUAGCUCCAAGGGGAGAAGAGCCACCGGAGAAGGACACGAAGAGAGCGAUUUCAACCCCAACGAGGAAUUUAAUCUGCAACAAAUUAACCACCGUGAACGGAUCGCCGAAAAGCUGCAGAAUAACAUGAAAGACAUCAAAUACAGCAAGGAAGCUUUGAAGAGGAAAAACCUCAGCUUGUUGAUUCAUCGAAAUUGUAGCUCCCGCAUGUCCACCACGUCGUAUAGGAAUUCGGUUCUGUCCAGGUACAGCCGGAAGCGCCUCAACGAGUUGGCCAUGAAAUCGUCGCUCGCUUCGCAAAUUUUGAAAAAGAAGAGGUGAUAUACUCCCCAGUGGGAUGAUUUUACCCUGUGAGGUUAGCUGGGAAGGGACUUCUCCAACACUUCAUUAUUGGUCCAAGUUAAACACGAAGAAAGAAAGCCCCGCGGGAGGUGGAGACCCAUUGAAAAGAGUCCCCUAAUGGGCGUUCCACGGGGAAAACUUCCCCACCGCGACUUCCGUGCGGUCAGUGGAUUAGCUGGCUGAUUUGUUUGACAAAUUUUAUCAAAAUGGGGAACCCCCCCGUUGGUUUAUUCCCAGCCAAGGUUACAAGGGAUGCGCCCAUUUAUUUGUAGAGAUUUUCUUCACAUCAUAUCGUUUUUUUUUUUUUUUUUUUUUGCGUGCCUUAUGGGGCAUACCCAGAGAGAGGCGCACAGAUAGGUAGACACGCACUGUGUUCGUCCGACCGGGUCCUCUCGUUGACAAAUUGAACCCCACGCGGUGUGUUUUUUUAGUUCCAAAUGGCGUCUCGUCGCGCCGCAUCACAUCGCAUCGCGUGGCCCAUUUGUCGAGUUACCAUUUUUUUAGUCC